CCUCGUACUCAGGUACGUGCGUUGUACACUAUACAACGAUGGCUUCGCUUUUGGUUCUCCUGUCCCUUCUAAGCCUCCUAGCCCUUGUUGUCCCCCUUCCUCGGUCGACGGUUUUUCCUAUCCUCACUCAUGCCGUCGCGUUCUCGAUCCCAAUAUUAUUCAGGCAAUGCUCAAGAAGGCGACAAAGGCGCGCGGCGAGCAGAGCCACCACCGGCAGCGGUGAGUAUGGCACCGAAACCACCGGACUGUAUGGCCUGGACCAUGCUGUUCUCAAUGCUCGGUUGAAAUUUCCGCCGGACAAGAUGUGGAUGAAUAUGGGCUAUUGGAGGGACGCGACAGAGUUGCCAGAAGCAUGCGAAGCCCUGGUAGAACGAAUACUCCAAUCUGCAGGGCUUCUGAACCAGAUGCGGGAAAACUAUGAAUUGCCCGGCCGUAAGAAUUCGGGCUUGGUGAAGAGAGUAUUGCUUGACCUUGGAUUCGGAUGCGGCGAGCAGACAUUAUAUUUGAUGAACAGGACUUUUACAGGGACUGUUGAUACGAAAGGAGAUCGGCAGGAGAAUAUGCCUGCUUCAUUAUUCCAGCGUUACGUGGGUAUCACGCUGGAUAAAACACAAUAUGAGUUUGCAAAUUCCAGAGUAACAGCAUCCAGGCAUCACGACGGGGAGAAUGGGAGGUGCUCAAACCAGACCCGGCCGCAUGGUCCAGAAACCGUCCAGCUGUUUUGCGGGGACGCCGCAAAUCCGUCCUCAUGGUCCAGCGAAUUACGACAAGCCAUAGAUAUCGCUUUUGCGCAAGAAAAGGAGCAACAUGGCAAUCAUCCAAUCAAUACCGAACGAUAUGUGCUCGCUCUCGACACUGCGUACCAUUUUAGACCAUCCCGUCGCGAUAUUUUCCGGUAUACUCACUCGGUGCUCCAUGCUCACUUUCUUGCAUUCGACAUCUUCCUCGCAGCACCUUCAUCUCGCCUAAGAUCAGUCUUGAAUAAUUUGCUUUUGCGGUUACUUACGCCUUCUCUCUCAGCUCCAUUUUCUAAUUUCGUUACGCCAACCACAUACAAAUCACAGUUGCGGGACGCAGGUUAUGCUGAAGAGAACAUUAUGAUAGAGGAUAUCACAGAACAUGUGUUCCCUGGCCUGGCAGACUUUUUGGAGCGAAAAGAUCAGCAAUUAAUUUCAUUUGGGCUCUCCGGGUUUUCCAAGUGGAGAAUCUCGGGGUGGCUAUUUAGAUGGCUGUCUUCUGGGGGUAUACUUAGAGCAGGAAUUGUGGUUGCGAAAUGGGCUGGUAAAACACAGGACUAA